CGCACGAUAGUUUGGGGGCAAAGUGCCAUUAACCCUAAAUGAAAUGAAAUCCAACACCGAAUUCAAAUAUCAGCAAAACCCGCGAUAAUUCAUCAAUUAAUCAGAAAUGGAGAAUCCGGCAAAGCAGCAAGCGAACGGCGAUUUGGAUCCGUCUCUCAAACUCGCUUUAGCGUUGGCUAUUGUUAAAACUAGGCGCCGCCAGAAGCUUCCUUCUUCUUCCGCCGCCACCGCCGCCGCCGCUGCCGCUGCCGCCAAUGGCGAUUCUCAGGGGAUUUCCGGUGACAACUCAAAAUCAGAUGCUAUCAAAUGGAAGACAAAGGCCAAACAGAGGAAAGAAGAAAUUCUUAGACUUAAGGAAGAUCUCAAAAUUGCGGAAGAUGGAGUGUACCACGACGUGUUUCCGCAAAAUGUGUCGUGCAAAUGCUAUUUCUAUGACAAUCUGGGGCAGCUGAGCCCUAAGAGUGAAUAUGAUCAGCAGAGAAUUGGUGACGUGCUUCGCCGUAGAUUUCUCAGACAAGUGAGAUUGAGUGACAGAAAGAGACGAAGACUUGAUGGUGCAUCAGUGCAAUCAUAUACAUCAGAUACUGCUAUCGAAAGUGAAAUGGAGCAACUGAGAGCUUCAGUAGAUUUCCUUGUGGAGCUUUGUGAGACUUCCUCCCCUCGCGAAGUAGAGGAAAGCAAAUUCAAAAAUUGGUCGCACCAAGCCGUUGACUUUAUUCUAGGAACCAUACUUUGUGAAGCCACACUGAAGGCUCUGUUGUCGGGUGGAAAGAUAGACGAGAAAAUUGAAAGCAUCGUGAGUAGCUUAAUCAUGAGGUUGAUGCGAAGGAUGUGCAAUGAAUCUCAAGGAGAAGAAUUGGCUGAGUGCAAUACGUUCCAGUUUUAUGUUCAGCACUUGAUGCGUAAACUCGGAAGCGAUCCCUACGUUGGGCAGCGAGUAAUCCUUUCAGUUUCUCAGAGAAUUUCUAUAGUUGCAGAAAGCUUACUCUUCGUGGAUCCCUUUGACGGCGCAUUUCCCAAAAUGCAUAACUGCAUGUAUAUUAUGAUUCAGCUUAUCGAGUUUCUGAUUUCGGAUAACUUACUUUCUUGGUCAACUAGGCAAGAUUUCGAUACAAAGCUUCUAGAAGAAUGGGUGCUGUCCGUAUUCCAUGCUCGAAAAGGCUUGGAUCUUUUGGAGAGCAGGAAUUCGCUAUACAUGCUAUACAUGGAUCGUGUAGUCGGGGAUUUGACUCGGCAUCUUGGUCAAGAUUCCUUUAUCAAGAUGCUACGCCCAGAUGCUCUCGAUAAAUUGUUCGGCUGACGACUCCUCCAUUUUCAUAUUGUGUAAGUCACACAUUUCAAUUCACCUUUUAUGGCAUUAUGUUUUCAUGAAUUUAUCUGUGCUAACUUUUUAUUAGAGAAAUUCCUCCAAGAAUCCUUUCAUUAUAAUUCAAACACAUAAGUACAUGCAAUUGCUCGC